CAAAGGUUCGUGUAUGACGUGUUUUCCGUGUCGUUCGUUAAGUGAAGGGCAAAUUGGGAAGUUGAGGUUAGAUAAGGGAGCAGAGUUGAGCGAGUUGCGCCGUGCAUUUUUGUUCAGUUCAGAUUCGUCGCGUGAGCUUCUCGACACGCCGAGGAAGAUGCCGAGGAACAAAUCGAACAAAUGGGGCGGUCGCAACAACCGAGGAGGAAACGAGGACAAGGGUUACUUCGGUCAUGAUGAUCGCACAGGAAGGAAUAAUGUAGGAAGGGAUGAUGGGCCUCCUCAUAUUGGUCCCAUCAAACAUCAGCAUCGCGUAUCGUUUAAGAGUACUUUCAGGCCUAAAGAGUUCUUUAAGCCUGGUCAAAGGGAUAUGCGUAAAUUGGCAUUGACGAGUUUGGACGAGGAUAUUCCAAUGACUGGUAGUUCGAACAAUAAUACAAGACAGGUGAUAAUCAACCAGAGAGAUGGUAGAGUGGGCGGUGACAGGGCUUGGCGAAAAAUUUCUCGUGGGAGGAACAGUCCCAUGCCGAAUUUCAAGGGAGGUCAAGCGGGUCCUAGAAUGCGGCCUCUUCUAAUGGAAUCCAAUUGGUAUAAAAUUACCAUACCAUAUGCUCAUAAGUAUGAGAAAGACUAUAUUAUAAAUACCCUCUUGAAUUACAUGGCUCCUGAAGUGUUUAUUCCCAUAAUGUACAAGUUAAUGGGAAAAGAAGCUAGUUUCUUUGUGGAUGAUCAUAAAACGGUCAACGCAUUGUUAAACUGCGAUCGUAAGAUUACGAUGAGCGAUGGGUACAAACUGCAAGUAAAGGCAAAAGCAGAUUCUCCGAUCUAUGAGAUUGAUGACAAAUUGAAAGAACGAUUAAAGCAAGCAAUGGUUAAGAGAUAUGUACAAGAAACAAAUGCUUUGGAUUUGUCCAAGUUUCACCUGGACCCUGACCUUUACUCUGAUUACUUUUGUGCGUUAUGCUACCCUAUUAUGUUCAUGACUGUGAUGGACAUUGUGGGUGAACACAUACCGAAUUUAGAGGCAUUGAAUUUAGAGGGCAAUAAGCUGCAGAAUAUCGAGAGACUCGGCGUGCUAAGCAAAAAGUUCUCGAAAUUGAAGAUUCUUUAUGUUGGAGAUAAUAAAAUCAGAGACAUUCACCAAUUAGAUGCCAUUAAGGAUCUAAAAUUGGACGAACUGAAGUUAAUUGGAAAUCCUGUCUGUAACAAGUAUAGAACUCGACAAAAUGAAUAUGUUAGCGAUGUUCGGAGACGAUUCCCAAAAUUGUUGCGUUUGGAUGGAAUAGAAUUACCACGACCCAUUGUCUUUGAUGUAGUCGACGAAGCUGCCAAAAUACUUCCAUCGCAAAGAAUGUUCGUCGGUGAUGCAAAAAUACAAGACAUUGCCAGUCAAUUUUUGCAACAAUAUUUUACGAUAUUUGAUAGUGAGAAUCGUCAACCUCUACUUGAUGCAUACGACGAACAUGCAUGCUUUAGCAUGACGAUAACCACUUCCCAUAAUAACAAAUUAAAUGGGUAUCUCAUGGAAAAUCGUAACUUGUUCAGAAUAAAUGACACAAACAGAAGGCACAAGUUACUGAAACAAGGUAGAUUGCCAGUAGUUUCUUUCGUAUCAGAAAUGCCACGAACAAGGCAUUUGUUGAAUACCUUUACGAUGGACGUCUCUCUUGCUACGCAAGCAAUGAUGUUCAUCACGAUAACGGGCUACUUCCAAGAACUUGAUAACAAGGAUGAACCCAUCCGCUACUUCAACCGGACAUUCAUAAUUGUUCCGGAAGGUGAGGGAUAUUGUAUUCGGAAUGAGCAAUUGCAUAUUAGUCAACCGCCUGAGGCGCAAUUGAAGCAGCUACACCAGCAAUUGAAUCAGCUAAACAAUCAGCAACCCCAGCCAACAACGUCGGCGCUGGAAACCGUAGGAGUAGCGAAGCCUGUGCCAACGGAUCUUAGUAAUGACAUAAAACAACAGAUGACAUUGACGUUAAGCCAGCAAACAAAUAUGAAUUUAGAAUGGAGCUUGAAGUGCUUACAAGAAACUCAAUGGAACUACGAUAAUGCACUCUCUGCCUUUCAAGAGUUCUACAAACGUGGACAGGUACCGUCAGAAGCGUUUACGAAGUAAACACAUAUUGAGUAAGAAAACUUGUCACUGUGAUAAUAACUUGUAAGAAAAGUCUGAGAGAGCAACUUCUUGUAAAACAUUGAUCUUCAUUCCGUUUUAUUCCGUUUAUAUUGUUUCAUUUGUUUCAUGUAUAUUUGUAUUUUGUAUGAAAACUUGAAUAGAAUCAGGAUAUUUUUUAUUUGCCAUUUUGUAUCUCUGGCAACAAAAGACAAUUAUUAAUUUCUGUAAGGAAAGAAAAGUGCUAGAAAAAGGAAUAUAUUAAUACGCAUUAAUAUAAUUCCUUUAGAAAGAUGUAUGUUAAAGCUCCGUCUUGUUUAAAUUUAAACUUCCAAAAUUACACAUAGUACACCCGCAUGAAAAUGGUUAAAAAUCACAAUUUCAAUUUCAUUAUAAUCUCAAUAUGUAAGAAAGAUCAUAGUUAUUUUUUAUAUUGUGAUUUUUAACAAAUUUCAUAUAUAUACAUAUAUAUAUAU